CGAAUUAGUCGUAUUGUUCCAUUCAUUUUGUAUAUCAGCGAAUGGAGAGAUUCCAGUUAGUUACCGUUGUGAAUAGGUACGAGUAGCACAAGAGCGUGUUGGCGGGCUCGUGACAGUAGGACCGAUGAUGUCAUUCGUCAUUGUUCCAUCAUCCCCAAAUGUUCCCCAUCACUGUGCCCUCAACCUUAACCUUCAAAUCACAAAAAUAACCCUAUCCUCUACCUUACCAAUCAAUAAAGAUCGAUUACCUAAACCGCAAUAAUGUCAUCGAAUCAGUCGUCUACCUUCAAGUCCUUCUCGACUUCCUUCAGCUCCUCAACCAUCAACGGUCAAACAACCUCACGCUCCGAACAGACCUACACAGAUCCCUCGGGUACUCAUGUACGUCGGACCUCUCAACAGCCCGGUCAAGCUCCUGUCGAGGAACGCAUCGAUUAUGACAACGCUGGUCGGCGCAUCGAAAACACGGACGGCGGCUCAAAGGGCCGAAUCGAGGAUGUGACAGACACGGACGCAGACAAGAAGUACGAGGAGAAUAUCGAAGACGAAUAUGCCAAACGAGAAGGCGGCGCAUAAUGGAGCUGGAAGGCAAAUAAUGCACAUGACGGAUAUGUUAUAGGCAAGACUUUGCUGUCUUGCCUUUGGUGGUUCUGAAGUUGGAGCUGGACUCUUCCUUGAUGGAUUGGGAAUCGACUUUUGGUUAUGGUACCACUGAUUGGUAGUUAUACCAUGUCGGUGUCAAGGCAAUAUAACAUCAUGCACAACUUGAACACAUUAGCAGGACUUUUGAAUGUCCUAUGUAAUGUAGUCUAGUAAUAACAUCAAAUCUGACUGUUCAUUGACGUCAACAGUAGGGUCACAUAUUGUUCUCUGCCGUGAAGUAACGGAGAGGGUAGUCCUACAACAUGACGGUAGAAUCGACGGUG